CAUUUUUCUGAGAUCAUUGAAGAUCAGUUUGAUUUUCAUACAUAUUGUAUGAGAAAAAUGACAUUACGAGCUUAUGUUGAGUUAUUACAGUUAGAAGAUAAAUUACGAAUGCAUCCAUUUUAUGUCAAAGCUGCUCACAUAGCCAUUGAGAUCUACUUACAUUUACACGACCAUCCUUGGACACCAGAAAGUGAACAAAACAAUGACUUAGAUUCAGAAAAUUUAUCUGCUGCUGAGUUAAGAAAAUUAAAAAGAAAACAGAAGAAAAAAGAAAGAAAAGCUGAAGAAGAAAGAGAAAAACAGUUAGCGGAACAGAAGAGGAAAGAUCAACAAAGUAAGAAAUCUCAGGAUAAUGAUCUUGAUGGUCCAAAAGAAGAAGAACUCAUUCCAGAAGAACUAGCUAAAACUGAUAAUCCACUGGAAUGUGCUAUCAAAUUUUUAAAACCACUUCAACUGCUGAAUCCAAAUUUAAUAGGUACACAUGUUGUAGCUUAUGAAAUCUAUUCUAGAAAAGGAAAGUUAUUAUUGAUGUUACAGUCUGUUAAAAGAGGUUAUCAACUCAACAAAGAUGAUCCUCAUUUUCAUGUUUGUUUUAUCAAAUUCUUACUACAUGUUAAAGGUGUAAAAGAUUUAGAUGGUGGUGUUAAAACUGUGAUAGAACAAGAAGUUAAUAAAUUAACAGAGAAUAAACCAAUUAAUAAAAUUAAUCAAGAAUUCCUUGACAGAAAUAGUUCAUCUCUACCACACUAUUUUGCUG